AUGAAUUUUACAUAUAAAAUAUAUAUUGUUAUCCUUAUUAUUAGUGUAAUAAUACUAAUUGAUGGGUAUAAAUAUUCAUGUAAAACAAAAUUUUUGUUAAAAAAAGAAUGGUGUACACUUUAUGUUGAAUUGUACAAAAAUGAAUUCCCAAAAGUUGUUAUGCCAAGGUUAAUGGAAGCUGAUCGUCAAAAUCUUCAGUAUUUAUAUAAUCAACAAAAUAAUAAUUCAAAUGCUGUAUUAAAAAUGAAUGAAUAUGUUGAAAAUAAUUUUAAUCAAACAAAUAUUGCAAGAAUUUGUUCAGGAUUUAACAUUAGAUAUCAUUUUCCUACAUUUUUUGUUUUUUUAUCAGAACCGAUGCAACAAAUAAAGGGAAAGUUUAACUCAAUAAAAAUAUAA